UUCUAGGAUCCACAUCGGCCAUCACAGGCAACAGGCUUUGGACUUCCUCCAUCGAUUUCUGGGAAGGCGUUUGGAUGUCUCAGUUCAGAAGAAUUUGGGCCACCGUCAUCGCUGCUCUGGAAUGAAAUCUGAUCUUACUUCCCCGAAAAGCUAUCCCUUCCCUGCAUCGCCCUGUACCGAGAGAGGGGACGGGGUUCAGAGUCAGACGGAGAAGGGUUUCAAGGAGUCCUGCUCUGGCUCUGCUCCAGCAGCUCAUCCCCAGCUGACAGCAACAUGAAGGUCUCUGUGGCUGCCCUUGUCUUUGUCCUCAGCAUGGCCUGCUGCUCCCAGUCCUCCAUCAAAGAAAAGAGUUUUUCAAUGAGCUGGGGUAUCAUGUCCGACUGCUGCUUCACCUACACAUCCCAGCAGAUCCCCCGCGGCUUAGUGACUGACUAUUUUGUCACCAGCAGCAUGUGCGCCCAGCCAGCUGUAGUAUUUAUCACAAAGAAAGAUCGUAAAAUUUGCACCAACCCCAAAGAUGCCUGGGUUCAAAAGUAUGUGAACGACAUGAAACAGAGGGUCUCCGGGGACAGACAGUGGUGAAAGCCACUCUCCGCUCCCACCGGUGCACCGAGGCCAAUCGCCGCUGACUGCCAUAGAGCACCGAAUG